CGCAUCUCGUGUUGUACAGGAAAAUAUUAUGAGCUAUGCUUGGACGCUAUUCUUUCUCGCUUCUAUCAACCUCUUUUCAGGUCAAUUCGGGCAUCAUACCACGCGAGUGUUUCGAAAAGAUGCCGCGACAUAAAAUCGAGGUUCCUCAAGUCAAAGUGACGGUGCAGCAGUAUCUUAUCGAGAAACGAGGGAAGAAGAACGGCCUCCUAAAAAACUGCUUCAAUAGUCAGGAAUGGCAAUGGAGUUUUGUUUGGGACGAAGUAGGCGGAGAGCAGAUAUUAAAGCAGACUGCCGGAUGUGGGACAAAUGACAAGAGGCUGGCAAAGCUGAUUCAGGAAAUUAAGUCGAACGUCAAUACGUCGCUUCGCGUACACUAUGGGCCAAUGGGAGCAACGCCGCCGAUCUACAGCCACG